AUGUCAGAAAGAUCAAUAAUAAACAAUUUAAUAGCUCACUACCUAAAAGAAAACGGCUACCCACAAACAUUAAAACAAUUCGAAAUAGAAAACGGCAAAGCUAUAGAUUCAUCAAUACAAAAUUCAAAUGAAGAAUCAUUAGAAUCAAUAAUUCAAGAUAGAUUACAAUACAAUUCACUAAACAAACAAUUAGAUGAUAUGUCAUUAGAUACAGCUCGAGAAUUAAUACCUGAUAAAUAUAAAUCAUUAAUUCAGAAAGAAUUCACGAAUUGGAACUCACCUUAUCCUCAUACCCCAAAAUUUUUACCUAUUCAUUCAUUAAUUAUAUCAUCAGCUUAUCACGAGGAAACAAACAAGUUGUAUUUCGCAACUAAUGAUUCUCAUAUAAUUAUGAAUCUGGGGGAUGAACUCAAAAAAGUAAAAGUUCAAGAAAUUAUGAAAAAAGUACUUGUGAUUGAGACUGGUGUUUUGUUAUUAGGAAUGAGUGGAAAUUUGUAUUAUAAGAAUUUUGAAUUAGAGAAUUUCGAAAAAGAAGUUGUUAUUCAAACUCAAUCUAGGUUUACUGUUGAUGCUAAAGCUAUUAAAUUUAAUGAUGUUCAGUAUAUUGUAACGCUAUCUUUUAAUAAUAUUUUGAAAUUAAUUAAAUUUGAAAAUUUGAAAUUUGAGAUUAUUGACGAAUUUAAAUUAGAUAUACAAGGUUCUUGUUUUGAUUUAACUUUGUAUCAAGAUCAAAUUGUUAUUGUUGUGGGUAAAGUAGAAAAUACUCUACUUGAUGUAUACACUAUAACAGAUAACAAAUUCAAAUUAAAAUAUAAGAUUUCAAUUAACGAUGCAGAAUUUACAACGUCAAGUUUUUCACCAAGGUACAUUACAAUAUCAAACACCAGCAAAGAUAUUCCAAUAAUAGCAGUAGCUACAUCUCAUGACCCAUAUAUGAGAAUCAUUCUAGUAUCAUUAUCUGACUUCAACUCCAAUAUCAAAAUAUCAAGAAAUCAAAUUUUAAAAAAUUACAACACUUUGUCUCCACAAGAUAAAUUUUCACAGCCUUUAAUUAGUUGGAGGUAUAACAACAAUAAAAUCUCGGGAAUUUGGAUUAUGGGUGAUGAUGGAUUUAUUCGUGGGUUGGAUUUGUUGGAGAAUAAAAUUAUUGUUGAGUUAAAAGAUGGUGGUCAUAAAACUAAAAUUAAAGAUUUUUUAAAUUUCUAUAAAGAUGGAAAGGAAGUGUUGAUAACUUGUGGAAUUGAUAGACAAGUCAUUGAAUGGACUGAAUAA